AUGAAUAUCGAGAAAUCCAAGUCAGACGCUGAGGCUGUGGGCAUAGCCAAGAUUGAUUCCACAGCCGGGGAGUCUGUGCGUACUGGCGAAGUGAAGCCAAAGGUACACUUCAACCUCCUCACAACGUUCGGAGUCCAAUUCUCAGUCACUGCUACCCCAUUGGCAUUGGGAACCUAUACUUCUCUCACAAUUGGCGUUGGGGGUUCAGCGGGAUACUUUUGGGGCUUCAUCUUUGUUGGCGUUUUCCAACUCAUAACCUGCCUGGCUGUCGCAGAGGUCGCGUCUGCUAUUCCCCAUUCUUCUGGACCGGCACAUUGGGUCAUUAUUUUAGCUCCGAAAAGAUAUAGCCGACUCCUGGGCUACAUCAUGGGCUGGGUCACAAAUUGUGCCUGGUUCUGCAUCUGUUGUUCUUCCAAUCUAUAUAUGGCUCAACUUAUCUUAGCAAUUGUUCAGGCCAAUCAUUCUGAUUAUAUUGCCACGGCAUGGCACACAUACCUUGUCUACGUGGCAUCUGCUUUUCUCACCCUGGGCAUUAACCUUCCCAGACUGUUCAAGUCUCUCAACGCCCUCUUGGCGGCGGGUAUUUUCUUAAUCAAUGGAACAAGCCUUUACCUCCUCAUCGGCUUGUUGGUUCGCGCUCAGCCAAAACAAAGUGCACAUGAUGUCUUUCUAAAAUUCAUCAAUGAGACUGGUUGGAAAUCCAAUGGGACGGUCUUUUUCAUUGGCCUACUACCAGGCAUGGCUUCUCUUGCUGCCUUUGACAAUGCCACUCACCUUACGGAUGAAGUGGAGCGUCCAACAAAACAAAUACCUCAAGUUCUCAUCGGGUCAUUCCUGUUGAGCUUUUUAACGGGCUUGCCUAUGAUCAUGGUCUAUCAGUUCUGCAACGUUGACCCUCUCAGCCUCCUUACACCGGUGGGCGGUCAACCAAUCGUUCAACUAAUGAUCAAUGCCUUUCGGUCUGACGCCAUGUCGAUAAUAGGGACUUCACUCACACUUUCUUGCCUUUUCAUCGCCGAAAGCUCGUGCUUAUUGAGCUGGUCGAGAUUAUAUUGGUCAUUUUCUCGUGAGGGCGCAUUACCAUUUUCGAGAACUAUGGCUAAGCUGGAGCCCAUCGAUAGUCUUCCGCUGAAUACUCUUCUCUGGAACACAUUUUUGAUUAUCGCUCUGGGAGCUAUUAGUGUUGGAUCUCAAACUGCGAUGAAUGCAUUUCUUGGAAGUGCUGGUAUCUUGACAAUAUCAUCCCUAGUCACGACCUUUGGGCUUGUCAUCUAUCGUGGGUCACAUAGUCUUAACCCCGAGCGAUGGUUCAACCUCGGCCGAUUCUCGACGCCCAUCAUGUGGAUCAGUUGUCUCUGGUCAGUGUUUAUUUCGGUCUGGCUAUGCAUGCCACUUUAUGUUCCUGUCACUCCGGAGUCAAUGAACUAUACAUCGGUUGUUUUUGUAGGCUUUAUCGCACUUUCAGGCAUAUAUUGGGUCUUGGCCUAUUCCAGGGAGGGUGUCAUGCAACACUAUCAUGAAGGGCAAGACUCCCAGCGCACACAUAAUGCUCCGGUUAUCACUAAAGCGAUGGAUGAGGAGAGCGCAUAG